AUGACUAUCACUGGUAAAAAACAAUUAACGGAAAGAAUUUCCCGCCAAACUAAAAUCACCCAAACCCAAGUGGGGAAAAUAAUUGAGGAACUAUUAACUGAAACUAAAAAAGCCCUAAUCAAAGGCGAAGAAGUUAAGUUUUUAGGUUAUUUCUCUUUUAAAACUACUCUCACUAAGCCUAGAAUAGCCAUGAACUUACAAACUAACAAAAAAAUGAAAGUGCCAGCUAAAAGAGAAUUAAUCAACGAAUUAAAAAAACGAGUUCAGAACGACACUUUACAAGUAAAAACGCUACCUAAAUUGGAAAAAGAAACUAAGACUUUGUUUUCUUGUCUGGAUAGCGGAAGCCUAUUAUUACUAGUUGGUUUGACUGUGAGUUUUACUUUCUUAGUUGGUUAUAUUCUAAAAGUGAACACUAACUCAAUUACCGGUGUUAGCUUGGAAUUUUCAGAACAAAAAAGAGAGAGAGGAGAAGAACAAACUUUUCUACAACCCAUUACUUACCUACUUUGCCAAGAAGUCUUAAAAAAAGAAAAUAUUAUCCUUUUUAAUGAGAAAUUUCAAACUGGACUAGCUUCUCCCAUUCUGCCCUCCCUCACUGGAUUAAUAAAAAAACACGGAGACCACUUAGACAGUUUUUUUUCGCAAAUACCAGAUAUCAACAAUCCUCUUAUCCUUGCUUAUUUGGAAAAAUUAACUAAAAAAUAUGCUAACUCUUUCGGUUUUGAAGUUCAAUACCAAGCUCAAAAAAGAAAAAUUAAAUCCGAAGACCCUCAUUUACAUAUCCUCUCUGAUAAAGAAAAAGACUUUUUAGAAAAGCAACUGAAAAGAUAUUGUAAUCGCCGAAAACUAGCCGAAUACUUGAAUAAUUUUGAAAUUUGCCAAAUGUCCCUAGAUGAAGAAGAAGGAAGGGCGAUUGGCAUCAUUCGCCAAAUAAAUAAUUCUACCAAGCAUCCCGAGAGAAAUUAUUUAUUUUGA